CAAUCAUUCAAUUCCUGUUUUAAAGGAAAUAUUUAUGAAUUCGCCCGCAACACCCGUCACCAACACACCCGACGAUUAAAAGGACAACGACCUGUGUUCGUCUUCGAAUAUAUUUAUAGAAAUUUGCAAUUUCACAUACAGAGCAAUUUGCAUAACAAUUUUAAGUUAAAAUCACGCGCUUUUAAUGUGAGAUUUCAUGGAAGAAACAUAGGCAAAUUCUUUCACAUACAACUUAAAUUUCUUCGUAUUUCCCUCAACAAUGGAAAGCCAGCUUACAACUGCAGAUGUUUAUCAAACAGCCUCGCUCAUAGGCAAAGAUAUGGAACAGAUCAUUGAAACAUUCGGACAUUCCGCAGUGAUGGAUUUGAUGCCGAAAGUCAUCCAAGUUUUAGAGCACUUGGAGAUUGCUGUUGGAGAACAGGAAAAAGGCUUGUUAGAGCUGGAAGAAAUGCGAUUACAAAAUGAACGUUUGCUAACAGAAGUUAAGAAGGAAGCAAGUCAACGCAGACGGCUUGAUGAGGUUUUUAUAAAGUCAUAAGAUUUGUUUUAAUUUUUGUUUGUCUAUACUGUAUGCAAAUUUUGAGUCAAAUUAUGAUCUUGGCAUGAUGGUGUGAUAGCGUUUACGGUUUAAUUGGUCAUUAUUAAACUGUCAUUUAUAUGCUUAUGUUAAUAUUAUUGAAAGUGAUUUGCUUGUGUUGGUGAAAGUGAUAUACUGAAAUUAUGAUUUAUUAAUAAUACCUUGAAACGUUUUUCCCAGCUGUUUAUAAUAAUGCCAGACAACUUUUAUAAGACAUCUAAGAUGUCUGAGAGAACUUUGUUGACUCAUGUAAAUGCGGAAAAAUAUAUGGACAAGCUCACUCACAUAUUGUGGUGUGGCUAAAAUUGGGCCAUUCCAUUGGGCUAUUCCAUUUAAUAUCCGUACCCCCCCUGUCGAGGAUCCCUGGAAUUCUUCAGGGGUAAAGGGUUUUGAGCUUGGAAUUCUUCAGGGGUAAAGUGUUUUGAGCUUGGAAUUCUUCAGGGGUAAAGUGUUUUGAGUUUGGAAUUCUUCAGGGGUAAAUGGUUUUGAGCUUGGAAUUCUUCAGGGGUAAAGGGUUUUGAGCUUGGAAUUCUUCAGGGUAAAGAGGUUUGAGAUUGAAAUUUUUCAGAGCUUGGAAUUCUUCAGGGGUGAAGGGUUUUGAGCUUGGAAUUCUUCAGGGGUAAAGGGUUUUGAGCUUGGAAUUCUUCAGGGGUAAAGGGUUUUGAGCUUGGAAUUCUUUAGGGGUGAAGGGUUUUGAGCUUGGAAUUCUUCAGGGGUAAAAGGUUUUGAGCUUGGAAUUCUUCAGGGGUAAAGGGUUUUGAGCUUGGAAUUUUGGAAUUCUUCAGGGGUAAAAGGUUUUGAGCUUGGAAUUCUUCAGGGGUAUGACAAUGAAAAACAUGUAUCCUCGACAGGGGGGGUACGGAUAUUAAAUGGAAUAGCCCAUUUAAUAUGUGCACCACCCCCCCUAUUGAAGGGUCUGGAUAUCCAAUGGAGGGGGGGGGGAGGGAGUCUUCAUCUUAAAUUUUCCUUGAGGGUAGCUUCAGAGAUUUAAAAAAAAUGGCAAAAAUUAGGUGUUUUAGUGAUAUCCAAGAGGGUGCACCAUUGAGGGUGCACCUUUGCCCCCCCCCCUUGCCCUCCUGGUAAAGGGCAACAGGGGCGGCUGCCCCUCCUGCCCCCCAGUUCCGGCGUCCCUGGGAAAAAGCGAUAUCCUAAAGGGGUUGGUAAGAUAUCCUAGCUAGGGUAUCUUCGACAAAUUGCAUCCAAGCGAGUUCCAAUUUUUUUAUAUAUAUCCUAAGGGGGUUAUGAAGGGACCCUUUACUAAGGGGGGGGGGUACCUAUAUAUAUAUAUAUAUUUUUUUUUUUUUUUAUUUUUUUUUUAAUCACUUUUUUGCAAAAAUAAAAUAUUUACAUUGGCAAAAGGUGGCCGCACAGGACAUAGUCCCAAUUGAUUACAGCUACCAUUUAACUAUACAUACAUACAUAACAUGCCAUUAAUUAAAUACAACACUACAUUGUCAAUACUAUAUAAUUUCAGCUAAGUUAAAAGUCACUACUAUCUACCAAUCUCAAAGAGUAGAGUUCCUUUAAUGCAGUUUUAAAAGUACUUAUUCUUGCAAUAGUUUUUAAAGUAGGAGGUAGACUGUUCCAUGAGCGUAUAGCUCUAGGAAAAUAUGAAUAACCAAAAUAGUUUGUUCUAUACCUAAAUUCAGAAAAAUUAUCUUGAUGAGAAUUUCUUAAAUUAUAACCAGAUUGAGGCUUCAUCUGAACAUUCUCGGCAUAUUCCUCAAAGUCAAGACUAUAUAACCCAUUCUUGAGUUUAAAGAGAAAUAUUAAGUCCUUCAUUUGCCGACGAGACUCAAGUGGAAGGAGAUCGAGCAUAAUCAUUCUACUUUUGUAAUUAAAUGGAAUGGCCCAUUACUGGUUUUAGGUAUUAGGAUCCACUGUAACCCAGUUAGUGAUUUGAGCUAACUGCAAACCUGAGUGAGUUAGGGGGUUUUAUAUAAUAUAUCUUUUUCCAAAUAUAGUUGCUGUUAGUUGAUAGGUACCUUUUUCUAUUUAAAACUUGAAGCCCGAGUGAUUUUCCUUUAAUUUUCCUUUAGUGAAAAUUGACCUUCUGAAGCCUAAUAUGCCAGAUGAUUUCACUUUUUAGCCCUUAAAACACCAUGAGAUUUUAUAAAAAAUGGGGAGAGCAAAAUUAAAGUCAAUCAUAUGCAUUGUUCAAAACAGCAAAAAUUCGAAUCAUUUUCCCUUAAAAAUCAUUGUUGCAUUUGCUUCAACAACUUGUUUAAUUUUAAUUUAAUACUAACAUGGUGUGAUGCAUCUAGUUUUCCCAUGUUACAUCUUGUAUUCUAAUGAUAAUCUACUUAUACUGCAAAAGUGGAUACAAAAGCCAAACACUUCUAGUUCAUGGAGUAAGUUUCAGCCUGGUAACGAGUGAUUUUCAUGUGAUUACUGUUUCUUGCCAGAUAUUCUAAUCUGGAAAAUAUUCCAAUUACCUCCUAACAAUUGAAACAAGCGACCGGGAGAAAAUGCCUUGAGACCGGGAGAAAAAGGUCAAAACAGGGAGUCUCCCGGCAACACCGGGAGAGUUGACAGGUCUGCAUAUGCAUACGUUGAAAAUUUAGUGCCCCCGCCCCAAUAUUUUGCAAAGCCCUCAAUGCGCCCUCCUUUAUCAUUUUACUCUGUCCAUUGCCAGAUGAUUUUACUCAUCACUUGGGAAGAGUGCUGUUGCUCAAUGGGUUAAUCAAACUAUAUGUCUAGUUAACCGUGCUAGCUUUCAAUGGGUCAACCCUCGAAAUUCAACUAUUUUUGCAUCGGCAAAUAAUUGCCGAAGUCUUUCGAUAAUUUUCGAGUUUGCCUUGGCAAUGCCUCUGCAAUUUUUUUGCUGAGGCACGCAAUGAAAUCACAUUAAAUUCCUUUGGCAAUUUCUUUGGCACCCUUCGGCAUUCACGUCGGCAGUUGUAAUUAAAGUUCGGAAAUUAUUGUAAACAAAUAUUAUAAUGAGCAUAGAUUCUGACGUUUGACAAUUUGUUGUUAUUUUACAAAUUCCUGAUUCAAAAUGUUUUUAAAAAGUUAGUGGUAAUUAACAACAGAUAGUAUGAAAGAAUAAACUUGACAAUAAUCACACGACAGUCUAAAAGAUAAAACAAAGUUUCUGGACAUGCAGUCUUUAAACCAUCAAGAUUGUUCUUUAUUUCAGACGAAGCCGAUGCUGAAAAGCUUAAAUUUAAAUAUUUUGUAAAGUAGCUAUGAAUGAAAUCUUCUGUUGUUCACCCAAUGUCGAUGACAACAAUUCCAACAAAGAAGUGAUACAAAAAACGAACACUGCAGUUUGUAAAUUUAAGCAAAAAAAACCCAAACAGACGCUGUAGUUUGUAAUUUAAUUUAAGGUACAGCGGGUGGAAUUGCCUCUAGAGGCAAACUAUGAAAAAUCGUAACUUGCCUCGGCAUUUGCGUCCGCAAUUGCUGAGUGCCGAGGCAAAUUUUGAGGGUUGUAGGUUAAGCACUUACUUAUUUUUGUCCUGUAGGAACUGUAUCAAUACAAGCAACAGUCUACAAGAGAAAUCUCUGAACUGAAUAAUAUUUUGGAAAAACUAAGGGAUGAAAACCAAAGUUUACAAGCAGAGGGACAAGCUCAUAGAAUGGAGAAGAAGGGUUUGUUGAUAAAUAUAAAUUGUUGUGUCUUAAUGCAAAAAUAAUUUAAACGUUCAGGAGACAUGAUGUUAUUCAUAAUUACAGUGUAGUUACAGUAGGAUCCAUUGAGGUUCACCCAAAGGUUAUGCUGUACAGUAUACAUGUCCAGGAGAAGGGGGUAUGACUAAAAGGAAGUGGCAUAACGCUCAUUGGGUAGGGUUAGUUAAAAAACUAUUAGUUUUUAAAGGGCCCCCAACAGUUAGGGGCCCCAUCAGCCAUGGCCUAUCACCCAGAAAAUUAGAAAACAUAAAGAAUGCAUGUUAAGAAUCAGUGGGAAAAUGCAAAACUAAUAAUGCUAAAUAAUAAAGCCUCCAUUGACAACGGCAGCUGAUUUUUUUAUUCCAUCUCAAAAAUAAAAUAAACAUUAUUCUUAUUAGUUGUUACAUGUGUUGGAGACUGUUAUUGUUACAGAAUUUUCCGGAACAUUCUAUUAAUAAAUAUUCAAUAUAAAUAUAAAUAUAAAUAUAAUAUCUCACUCAGUCAAACAAUGACGACAAUCAACAGGCCCCCCCCCCACACACCAAAUAUGCCUAAGGGCCCCCUCUUCCUCUGUUACACCACUGCUAAAAGGAGAAUUAUAAGAGUUAAGAUUUCAGAGAGUUAAAUCGAACCACGCCCACUUUUUCCAAUGACCACAACCAAUUUCUUAACUCUUCCGAUGUUACCUUUCAACGAACAUGGGAGAGUUAAAUUUGCUGUUAUUAAAAAUGGUUAUUAAAUUUGCUGUUAUUAAAUUGGUUAUUAAAAUCACAUGCUUACACCAUGAACUAUUUUGAGGUGCUUGUGAGACCAGUUGAUUAUGAAACCAGGUGCUUUCUUGCUUAUCGAAAAAUAUAUAAAGGCCUUGUUCAAUAAUUGCUUUACAGAGACGGUGCAGCAUCUAUCAUCAGCAGACCUUGCUGUUCUUGAGCAAAUGAAAUCGACCAUCGACAAUCAACGUGAUGCAAUCAGAAGUAAAAACAGCGAGAUUGAAAGUGUCAAAAAUGAUUUAGAAGCAGUAUGUGAAUGUUUUGUUUAACCCACCCUAAUGCACCCUGUUACUCAUCAAGGAGAGAGCUCAAUAGGGCCAUUUAUACGGGACAAAAUAAGUCGCGACUUACAUAAGACGCGUCUUAUAUAAGCUGAGUUAUCGCAUAAAUGGUUCUCUACGGCUUUAUUCUUAUUUACUUGCUAUAGCUAUAAUGUUGUUUCGGUUGUUUUUGUUUUAAUAUGCAAGGCUAAUAAUUUUACGUUGUUUCAAGUUUCGGACAUGUGUAGUUAGAAUUUUUGUCCAAAAUUUCUUAUUUAAGACGCGACUUAAAUAAGAACAGCUAACUAAAAGUCCUGUUCUUAUGUAAGACGCGUCUUAUCCAAGACGCGUCUUACAUAAGAAUUUUGUACCUUUUAUACGAUAAACUCGCGUCUUAUUUAAGUCGCGUCUUAUGUAAGUCGCGUCUUAUUUUGUCCCGUAUAAAUGGCCCUAAUGUGUUAAUCAGACUAUCGGUACCUGCCUAUUUGUCAAGUUGCAUUGUACCCUAAUGCCCCCUCCUCAGGGUUCAUACAAAAGUUGAAAGUCCUGAAUGUCCUUGAAUUUGAAAACAAAAAUUCAAGGACUUGGAUGUCCUGGAAUUUGUAACUCGGAACCUCAAUCCUUUUUGUUUUAGUUUAUGGAUAUUUUCUGAAAUUAUUUGACAUUCAAUAAUGGACAUUUUGUUGAAUUGAUUUUGCAUGAUCAUACAUGAAGUAUCUGACAAAGCUGUUCGAAAUUCACAAAAGUUGCGUUUUGAACAAUUCAGCGUGACAUUGUACUGAUUUCUAACGCCUUUUCUUCAGUGUUUUGUGCUUGAAUUUGCUGAUACAUGAUCUUGAAUGAUAUUUUGGAAAAAUCCUUGAAUUCGACUCUUUCUGAUAUGUACGAACCCUGCCUGCUUUAUUAUUUUACUCUGUCUAAUGUCAGACGAUUUUACUUGUGAAGGAGAGAGUGCUGAUACUCAAUGGGUUAUCACAUUGAGUGAACCAGAAAACAUUGUUUUCGUUUUCCUGAAGGUUAAUUUGUUGGGAACCAUGUUUAGAUAACAACGUUUGGUAAUUUGCCAUUGAUUUUUUUGUGGUGGCCAUAAAGUAUACCAGAUUGUAAAGCAGAGAGAAUGUAGUUUAAUUUGCUUGACCCAACUGUAUAAGUUUCAACAUUUCUGCGACCUCACGACCAUCUAAGUCCCGUACAUGCAUAUACGGGGCAAUUGUUCCUUGACAAGUUUUAUUUGCUCGUGUGUACAGUACGGGCUCCAAGGAAAUAUAUACUUCGAAUCUAUAGUUUUGGCAAACAAUAGGCGGUUUUGACGUGAGAUAAAUGUUUAACAACGGUUGUGCCAGUGUUGGCAGGGUAGGAAAAAUAAUUUUCUUCCUGGGAUCUCAACCUGGAUACAAAAAUUUCCGGGAGACAAAAAUUUCCGGCAGACCAACGGAGUAUUUUCGUGCUAAAUCUGCUUGUGCAUAUAAACAUAUAGUGUUCUAGCUGACCGUGGUUAUAAAUUCAAGGAAUGAUGUCUGUCAACCAUAUGUUGUUGUGCCUAUAGUGGGACAUGGGUGUUCAUAGCAAAUCAUUUCAACAGCAAAUCUUCAUUCAAACGAAUUUCCUGCAGCUGUUUAACAUUUCCUGCGAGCAGUGCUCGCGUGCUCGCCUAUUUUUUCCACCCCGAGUGUUGGUAGUGGCAAUAAUAAGGAAACAUCUGAUGGAUAGGGGGGGUGUAACUACUGUGCCUGAAAAAUACAAGGAGAACUUCAACGUUUCGAGCGAAGGCCCUUCGCCAGGUGGUUGGUAGGCAGGGUUCGUACGGGUCCUGGAAAACCUGGAAAGUCAUGGAAUUUCAAUAUUCCAAAAUCCAGGCCUGGAAAUCCUGGAAAAUAAAUUUUAGUCAUGGAAAGUCAUGGAAAAUUGAAAUUUUACAAAACAUUAACAAAGUAUUUUACUUACUUCAAUUUACCAGUCAUAACAAUAAUAUAGAUUGUUGUUAUAUAGCGGAUUUUUGCAAGAGCGAAGUGAAUUUUGUUCUUUUAUUAUAUCUGUUAUCGAUAAAAUAUUAACGAAUUUCAGAAAUUCCAGACUUCAAGGUCAUGGAUUUUGAAAAAAAUGGUCAUGGGAAGUCAUGGAAUUUUAAAUGGGAGAAGGUGUACGAACCCUGGGUAGGGCCCCCAACAAAACGUGUUGAGGAAAUCUUGUUGAUCGCGUAUACAGCCAAUUCAAAAAAGGCGAACUUUAAACUCUAACCGCGCAAAGCUUAAUGGGGUUAUGGGGAGCACAAGUUUCAAGCUUAGUAGUUGAAUAUUGCAGCUAUUUGUGAAUGAAUUGUUCUCGUAAGGAGAUAUUUACCAUGUCUCUAAGAAAUGGGCCUAAUAUAUGAUUUCUAAACUGAUUAAAGGAUGCUCGCAUUAUGCCUUGUACGCUUAGAGUUUAAAGUUUAGAGCUUAAGGUUUGCAAAGGACCACCUUUUUUUAAUUCGCUGUAUAUAUGAGAAAGUAAACUUCUCAAUGAAAACUUGCCUUUUCAAAUUCUUUUUCAGAUGGAAGAACAGGUUGAACGGCUUGCUAACAUCAACGAAACAAUUCGUCGUAAUCUGACUUUACAAAAAUCCCGAAACUCAACUCUCGCGCAAGAAAAAGCUGAUCUCGAAGCCGACAUAAACGUGUUGAAACAACAGGUUUCGAAAGCAACCAGCGGUUCGGCCAUUAUUAGGCUGAACAACGAGUUUGAUAAAACGGCAAAAACUGAAGACAAACUCAAGAAGAAAGAGAACGUGGAGUCUCCUGUUUCGAAAGAUCCUAACCGGCCUCGGUUUACUUUAAAAGAACUGCAGAGAGUCUUGAAAGAAAGAAACGAACUGAAAGAGAAGGUGAUCAUGCUCGAGGAAGAUUUGGCGUUUUAUAAAAAGACCAGGUAUGGAAAACUCGAUAUAGUGCCCUAAUUGAUAUGUGCAGAGUGUAUAAAAAAUCGAUAAAAUUUUUAAAAGCCCUAAUAUCUCAUGGUCACUUCUAGUUUAAGCUUAUUGCCUGGCAUUUAUACGCAUUAGAGAUAUUAAUUGGUUUUUCUAAUGCUCAUAGGUGAAAAUUUAUAGAAAAGCGAUUUCAACUGGCAAGUAAAAAAAUCUUUAAUUUACUGUGCAGUCAAUAUUGAGCGCACAAGAGCAUUCUAAAGUUGGAUUACCUUAGCUUGGAAUAUAGACUUUCCAAAGUCCGCGGUUCCGUCUUUCUCAAGCGCUCCCUUCUUGCUACGCGCGGUCCCUAGCGAGCGACUUGGGCAAGCCUACUUGGAAUACUCUGAUUUACCUCAACUCAGAGGAGGGGACAGGGGCCAAGCACCCCGCCUCCCAAUUAUUUCCAAAAACCUUUGAUUGAUAGCUGAGUAUAACUGUAUAACAAAGCUAUAAUGACAAUUAUAAGCAUGGUAGGCUAUAGAUUAAGCCAUGAGAGGGGGGAAUGAUUUCUUCUUUCUGGCAACCUGGGUUUAGGGCUCAAAGAUUACAAAUACAGGUAAUAUAGUAUUAUAGAUACAAUAGGGGGAAAUAACAGAACUGUUUUUUUGUGAAAUAGUGUGUCUUUAAGAAUGAUAAGGCAUACAAGAUAUAUAAAUGCUAAAGUAGUCAUUAUGGUAGUUAAAGUCCUACAGGAUUAAAAACAAAUUCCUACUAUUGGCUGCAAUGAAUAUUUUUAAUGAAGCUGUUACGCCGUGAUUUAGUUAUAUGGAGUUAGCAGAUUAAUUAGGCAUAUAGAUAUUCAAUCAGUGCAACUUUCAGAAUUAGCCAUCAAACAUAAGAUCCCCAAAAAAGUUCCGAUACUUUUUUCACCUUUGCAUUAAGCUAUAUAUUGCAUGAAAUUUAAAACAAAAAAAGUUGAAAGAACUGUAAGAUUUCCAGCGACAAAAGGUGUUCAUAUGCUGCUCAGUUUGUCAUUGCAGGGCUCAGCUGGAAAAGUUUUACCCUACCAUUCUAAAGGAAAGCUUUACAGGUUCAAGUGGGACACCGGGACUCGGGGGUUCUUGCAUUUCUUGAAUAGCUUGCACAACAAACGAAUUUUGUGUAUCUAUUUCAGCGAAGAUGAAGUGGACUCGGCUUCGUUGGAGUUAAACACGUCAUCAGAUAAAGCGAAAGAAAAACAUGUCCAUAAAUCUGGAAUCUCGAAAUUGUAAGUGUAACAUAGUGAUAAUAACAGGGUCCCCACGGUCCUUGAAAAUCCUGGAAAGUCCUUGAAUUUGUUAAAAAAAAUCCAGGCCUGGAAAGUCCUUUGAAACUGAUAUGGUCCUUGAAAGUCCUGGAAUUUUUUUUCACUAGGCUGGAAAUAAUUGAAGAAUUAUUACCAGCCCAAGGAUUAUUGCCCAAAUGUUUAUUUUCUCCAAUUUCAAUCAGAGACGGAUUUUCAUAUUUUCGUUCGGGGGGGUGGAUAAAAAUCUGGGGGGGUGCUGCUGCUUGCUUUGUCCAGGGCGUGGUGGCAAUGCCCGGAAAGGCCAAGGAAAAAGUUGAACAAAAUUUGUUUUCUAGGCCUGCAUGGCGAGAUCUGAGACCAUAAUAUUGGUAAUUUUACAAAUUUAGUAGUAAGAACAAUCAAAUAUGAAACUAUCAAAUCAAAAUAUAUGUAAUUUGCGGGGGUGCCAAAUGCCUAUGGGGGUUGCAAAUCAUUUCUGGUGGGGUGCGCACCCCCCUGCACCCCCAGAAAAUCCGUGCCUGACUUCAAUUAAAAUUAUGUAUAACAAUUGUCCAAAAGUUGUGUUGCGAAGCGGGUAUUCGACGGUCAGUCGGUCACGUAAUUUGAUAUUUGUUCACAUUAUGAUUAUGUGUAAACUAAAAAGGUGGUUAAUACAUGGUCCUUGAAUAUACUGAAAAAGGUCCUUGAAAGUCCUGGAAAAGUCCUUGAAUUUCAUCUUCACUAAAAGGUGGGGACUCUGUAAUAACUACCUGAGAAUAUGGCUUCACUGGCGACAGUUAUGCUCGUCAACUUUGGGGCCAGCGAAAAAUGAAAAUUUGAGUACACGCUGGUUAAUACUGAGGGUGUUUGCUUGUUCGUAUGUGGGUGGGGGCAUAGUGCGUACCCUCAGCGCCCGUUCGCAUGUACACGCAAUGAAAUGUUCUCUUUUUUAAAGGUUCAAAUUUUUGUGGAAAGACGAGCAAAAGACACCGGUAAAAACAGACAAUUACAUAGCCGUAGACUCGCCAACCACGUAGGGAAAAUGGUACCAAAUAUUCGUUAUAGAAUAUACACGCGACAGGUACUGGGUACGAAGUCAGAUAGAAUGACGUCAUUGGGUGGCGUCACCACAAGUCCAUUUUUUACGUUUGCAAAAGGUUGAUUGUGAAUAGAAGCGAAUAUCUAAGAUAGAAGUAUUGAUGUUUACUCCCAAAAUCGAACAGAAAGGAUGACUUCGGAAUUUUAUUGAACGAUUAGGCAUAGAAUAUAUAUUUUUAAAUUUUUGUCAUAAACAAAUUUAGCUAACGUUGUUUGCAUUAUUGCUGCCUAACAUGCCUAGUUCCUAUUGUUCUAGUUUACAUGAAGCUUAGAAUAGACCAAAAGUAAUGGACAACUUGCAUGUUAGACUAAAUUUUAAUCGAAGUGAAGAGAAGGGAAUCAAACGGCAUAGCUAAAAAAAAAACAUAAUGAAAUUUGUAAAAUUGCAAAAUUUGGUUGCGAAAUGUUGUAAAGCUUAAAAAAUAUAGUCUUGCAAAUUUUGUAUAUAUGUUUGUAUUACGUGCGAAAAUUAUUACCAUUUUCGGCUCAAAAAUGGUAACAAUUUCCGCACGUAAUACAAACAUAUACAAAAUAUGCAAACUUCGCAAGGCUAUAUUUUCUGUAUUUUACAACAUUUCGUGACCAAAUUUUGCAAUUUUACUAAUUUUAAUAAGUUCUUUACGGGAAUUUACUUUUUUUGCCUAGAUCAAAAACUAGUCUAACAUGCAAGUUGUCUAUUUUAAAAGCACUCAAUGCCACUCAUGCAGGUAAUUCGACAGCUUAGUCACCUCUAUUCUGUGCCUCUGUAUACUAGAACAAUGAUAAUUAGGCAUUAUAAACAAACCUUAGCCAGAUUUGUCUAUUGACCGCCAAAAAACAGAAAUUUGAUAAUCUGUAAAUUAUUUUCGUAUAUCAAUUAGUAAUAAAUUAUGGUAGA